AUGUAUCUGCGACCCGAGGUCGAGGUUACUGACUGGGAGGUUGUAGAGCAGUUUCUCGCGAACCAUCCGUUGGGUCUGCUCACUACCGCCAUAGCUGUGUCUGGCCAGCCAACAAUACAAGCCUCGCAUGCACCGUUCCUCUUCACCCCACCGUCACAACAUCCCAUCAAGAACGACAAAUGGACAAGCACCAGUGGCACAUGGUCUCGGGAUGGGGACAACGAUCUUGGUGUACUGCGGUGCCACCUAGCACGCGCGAAUCCGCAAGCCAAAGUGCUUCUCGCUGCGACAUCAUCAGACGAGAUUCUGGUCGUCUUUAGCGAUCCCACCAACCAGGCUGGGUAUAUCUCGCCGCAGUGGUAUAUCGAAACCAAACCUGCGACUGCCAAGACGGUUCCGACAUGGAACUACUCGGAGCUGCAGAUUUACGGCCAUGCGCGGAUCGUCCCCACCGAGCAAGUCGUUGAGGAUCUUAGUGAUCUUCAUGAGAAUCGUCUUGUGGAGGCCAAUCCCAAGUCGCACGUGUGGAAGGUCUCGGACGCUCCCGAAGCGUAUAUCAAGCGUCUGCAUGCUGCUAUCGUCGGCAUCGAGAUCACGAUCACCAGUGUGGCGUGUAAAUUCAAAAUGUCGCGCGACAAGAACGAUGCCGACCGACAAGGUGUUGUGGAAGGGCUGAAGGGUGCGGGUAACGACGCGGCGGACAAGAUAGCGGACACUGUACAACGCCUUGGUUCGUUCAAAAAGCCCAGCUAG